AUGCGUGGCGUCUUCUUGACCAUCUUCGCGCUCGUAGCCGCUUCUACCGCACAAGCACCUUACACCGGCCCUUGUUCGGAUACCGCCUGCGGCGUCGCGAGCGAGAACUGCGAUGUCCAAGGCCGCCAGUGCUUCCCCUUUCCCAACAUCGCCCCAGCGCUCCGUUUUGGGAUCAGACUCGGCGAAGAUCAAGGCGGCAACACGCGAAAAGUGUCCCCGGAACCUCACUUGAAAUAA